AUAGAACACAAUUUUACUUUCCUAAGUGUGGAUCCCAGUCUCCACCUACCUCGAAACAAGUUGGUAAAGUAGCAGGUCUAUGUCAUGAAAUUAUUCAUCCCAAAAACUUAAAUUGAUAGAAGAAGGUAACACUAAUGGUAUGUAUGUAUCUAUGCACUCUCAUCUUCUUCACUCUGAAACAGCGUUGACUUGGUUGAAGAGAGAGAGAGAGAGAGAGUUCAGAUAAUUAAUGGCAGAUGGUGUCGUUUCCUUCCUGAUUCAGAACUUGUCACAGCUGCUUGUUGAUGAAGCCAAGCUGCUGUCUGGUGUGGAGGGAAAAGUCAAGUCCCUCAUCAGCGAGCUCAAGUUCAUAGACAUCUUCCUCAAGAGUUCAGAGGGGAAGCGCAACAACAACAUAGUCAAGGAAGUUGUGAACCAGAUCAGAGAUGUUGCCUAUGAAGCUGAAGAUGUUGUUGACAACUACGUCGCCAAUGUUAGCCUCCACAGAAGCAGAAGCAUCCUGGGGAAGAUGUUCCAUUGUGUUGGCCAAGCUAUGAUGCUUCAUGAUGUGGAUGCUGAGAUUGAGAAUAUCAAGAGAUCCAUUUCUGAGAUAUACAGCAACAGGGACAAGUAUGGCAUUGGAGAAGGUGAGUUCCAGUGUGGUGGAGAAGCUACCCCGGCUGCCACGGAGGCGCUCCGGAAGAGGAGGAGGGAUGUGGAGGAAGAAGAUGUGGUUGGAUUGGUUCAUGAGUCUGAUACUGUCAUUAAGAAACUAUUGAAGAGCGAUUCGCGGCUUCAAAUAGCUUCCAUAAUUGGUAUGGGUGGUUUGGGAAAGACUACCCUUGCUAGGAAGAUCUACAAUAGUAAGAAGGUGAAGGAGAAGUAUCCAUUUUGUGCAUGGGGUUAUGUGUCUAAUGAGUAUAGAGCUAAAGAGCUAUUGUUGAGCCUUAUUCGGUGUUUGUCAACAUGGAAAUCUAAUGAAGAAAGUGAAGAGGAACUGAAGGAGCAUCUAAGAGAGUGCUUGAAUGGGAAGAAGUACUUAAUUGUGCUUGAUGAUAUUUGGAAAACAGAAGUGUGGGAUGAUGUAAAAGGAGCUUUUCCAGAUGACAAUAAUGGUAGCAGAAUCUUGAUAACCAGUCGAAUUGGAGAGGUAGCUGCUUAUAUGGGAACAAUGCCUCCUUACUUCCUUCCAUUUCUCACUGAAGAACAAAGCUGGGAACUUUUCUCCAACAAAGUGUUUAGAGGAGAAGAAGAUUGUCCACCUGAUCUAAAAGAUUUAGGCAUGUCAAUUGUUGAAAGCUGUAGUGGCUUACCUCUUGCUAUUGUGGUGCUAGCUGGGCAUGUUUCCAAGAAGGAAAAGUCUCUUAGAGAGUGGUCAAGAAUCAAAGAACAUGUCAAUUGGCUUCUUGUUCAUGACAACAACACUAUGGUGGUGAUGGACAUACUAAAACUUAGCUAUGACAGUUUGCCUCAAAAAUUGAAGUCUUGCUUUUUAUACUUUGCAAUCUAUCCUGAAGAUUAUGAGAUCCCUGCAAGAAACCUUAUCCAGUUAUGGGUAGCUGAAGGUUUUAUACAAAUUCCAGAAACUGGAACAUCAGAUACACUAGCACUGGAAGACAUUGCAGAGUAUUACUUAGAAGAGUUGGUUGAUCGUAGUCUGGUGCAAGUGGCAAGCAAGAGGAGCGGCGGGGGCGUGAAAACAUGUCGAAUUCAUGAUCUUCUUCGCGAUCUUUGCGUAUCUGAGAGCAAAGCAAGUAAAUUCAUAGAGAUACAUAGAGAGUUGGACAUCAACAAAUCCAACUCUAGAAAGAUGUCUUUCCACCACAGCACACAAUUCUCAUCCUCACCAAACAAAAACAACCACUUUCACACACAUUCCUUGUUCCUCUUUGGUGAAGAGCUUACCUGGGAUGAUGAAUCAAAAGGAUGUAAACAGUUCAGGAAAAGCUUCAAGUUGGCCCGUGUUCUACACCUCAACAAAGUGUUGUUGGAUUUGCCACCUAGUGGCUUGAAGCUGAUGAUCCAUCUAAGGUACUUGAAGAUAAAAACAGAUUCUAGAUCUGCUGAAAAUAUUUUAGAUUCUAUAUCCAACCUUAGGAAUCUAGAAACACUGCAUUUAAGUUGUGACUGGGUGGUCUCCAUCCCAAUCAAGAUAUGGAAGUUGAAGAGGUUGAGGCAUUUCAACUUGAGAAUCAAGGAGAUUUCUCAGAUGUCUAGAGUAACAAACAAUGAAAGAAUGUCCAACCUUCAAACUCUUUGUGAAGUACCUCUCUAUUCAGAAACUAUAUCAAUGCUUAACAACAAUGGAAGCUUCCCUAACUUAAAGAAGCUGGGUUUAUGUUUCUAUCCAAACUUCCAGCAAUCUUCUGCAGGUGCUGCCAAUCUUUCAUCACUUAGCAUGAACCACCUUAGCAAACUAUGCACACUCAAAAUAAGAGGUGAUCUCUUUAAUCCAUUCAGUGCAAAUGGAUUUAAGUCAACGUUUUUUCCAUCAAACAUUGAGAAGAUUACCUUGGUAGACUUCAAGGAAUUGGACUUUAAAGCUCUGGGGAAACUCCGGAAUCUGAGAAUUAUGAAACUGAGAAGAGGAUCAACAGGGGAUGGUAUUCAUUGUGUGGCCGGAGAGUUCCCGGCGCUUCAAAUGCUUCAGAUGAAGGAAGUGAAGGUUGAAAGGUGGAUACAAGAUGAAGGUGCAAUGCCAAGUCUUAGUCGUUUGAUCAUCAAAGGUGGUGCAGUGGAAGACCUUCCUCUACAACUUCAAUCCUUGGCUUCCAUUAAAUAGGAGCAUGCUAAGCAGUAACUCUUAAAAUUUUUCGAUAUUACAAUUUUAAUCGAGUUUAUCGAUUUUAUGAAAUUUAUACUAAGUUUGACGAUUUUA